CCGCAUUGGGCUUUUAGCCGAGUACACCUCUCUAGUUCAGUUCUACUGUCGCCUCUCUUUAAAACUCGUCUUCCCAAAACUCAAAGGUAACAUCAUCGGUUCGGUCCAUUUGAUUCAGAGUUUCAGAAGACACUUGAGUUUCAGGGUGGCACUUCAUUUUGCUUAUUUGAGUUGGGUUUUCAGCACUGGAAUAUCAAUUUUCUUGGGGAACAUUGUAGCAAUCAAAUGGAGCUUGACAGAUUAAACUCGCCCACCACGUUUACUAUGAGUUUGGAAGUUUUGGGCCAUGACUUACAGUUUGCUCAGGAUCCCAAUUCAAAGCAUUUAGGAACUACUGUUUGGGAUGCCUCAUUGGUUUUUGUCAAGUUUCUGGAAAAGAAUUGCAGAAAGGGAAGGUUCUCACCACCUAAAAUGAAAGGAAAACGUGUCAUUGAACUUGGAGCAGGUUGUGGAGUAGCUGGGUUUGGCAUGGCAUUACUGGGGUGUGAUGUGGUUACGACAGAUCAAGUGGAGGUUUUGCCGUUGCUAAUGAGAAAUGUUGAACGGAACACUUCAAGGAUCACACAGAUGAAUUCUGACUCAUUUGGGUCGAUCCAGGCAGCAGAGUUGAGCUGGGGAAAUGAUGAUCAUGUAAGAGCUGUUGAACCACCAUUUGACUACAUCAUUGGAACUGAUGUUGUCUAUAAAGAAAAUCUGUUGGAACCACUGUUGCAGACAAUACAUGCAUUAUCAGGCCCGAAAACUACAAUUUUGAUGGGGUAUGAGAUUCGAUCUACAAGUGUCCAUGAACAAAUGCUUCAAAUGUGGAAAAGAAACUUCGAGGUGAAAACUGUUCCAAAUUCAAAGAUGGACAGUACCUACCAACAUCCAGAUAUUCAACUUUACAUUAUGACAUUAAAGCCUCCGGAGGGUUACGCAGAAAACGCAGCUGAGGUGAUUGAUCAGAAUGAGGAUGAAGUGGAGGCUGGUGCAGAAGAAGCGGAUAAGGUGAUGGAUCAGAAAGUUGAUGAAGCAAAAAAUACAAGUGAAGAAAACGCCGUUAAUGUGAUUGAUCAGAAAGUUGAAGCUGAGAGCCGUAAGGAAAAAGGUGACACUGGUUCCCUCGAUGAAAAUGUUGAGGAAGAUUGCGAGCCAAUGACAAGGCUUCAGAAUGAUAAACUUACUGAUUGGGAAGCUAGAAGAUAUGGCUCAAUGGCUGCGCGCCUUCUUCACGACAUCAAAAUUACCUAAUUAUGAGGUUCGGUCUUUGUGAUGUCAUGUGGUGCCUUGCUGCUUGGAUUGUUGGGUUCAAAUGCUCGUCUAGCUUCUUGCUUUAAUUGUAGUUAUGUAGACGUCGAUACAUACUGUUUAGUACUUCAAUCACUUCCUUCUUUUUUGUGGAAUGCCAUUCUCCAAAGAUAUGCAAUGUGUUGUGCUUUAUAUACAGUGCAAUCGCCAAUGAUCUUGAUGGAUUCCUUA